AUGGGACAGGUGACCUGCUGCGGCGCCUCGGGCACUCCCGCUUCCAGCACCCAGCUGUGGGGCUCCUGGCACCCCCCUCGGGCUCUAGGGCAGGGCGGCCUCCUGGACCCCGGCGCUGCCCAGCGCCUUCGUGUCAACCAGGAGCCCCCACGUCCUCCUCAGUCACCAUGCACAGGUGACCCAGCACCAGCGCACAUGCCACCAGCACCUCCUGCGCUUCCUGCACGCCACUGCCAUCGCCAGCUUCAAGUGAGUAUUUGCAUCCCAGCCCUCCCACCUCCCUCUCCAAGGCUCUGCCCUGACAAAUGGCUCUCCCAGAGGGAAAGGACAGCUGCACUUGCCCCCACCACGGACACCCACCACUCCCUCCCCACUCUUCCACCCCUGCAGAUACGGCUCCACUUUCUGGCUGAAGCACUGGUUGCUCCUCAGCCAGCUGUGGGUGCUGUGCCGCUCGCAGCAGAUGGAUCAAAGGGAGGGAAGAAGAUGGUGAUUUCAUGGCCGCUGUCUUGGAGAGAAACCUCAGCCACCAGGAACUGCCUAGGACAGCUAGGCUUUGGAACCCAGGUGACUUUCUUUGGGCACCCUCUGGCCCUCAUCUGUGGGCAAGGUGAUAUCCUGCCCCAACCAGUCCAGGACGUACUGGCUAUGCUCUAUGAGAAAGGACCAGCCACUGAGGGCAUUUUCAGGAAAACUGCCAACAAGAAGGCACACAGGGAACUGAAAGAAGACCUUGACAGCAACAGUAGUGUUGAUCUGGCCAGCAAACCCAUGCACUUGUUGGCAGUGGUGCUGAAGGACUUCCUGAGAAACAUCCCUCCAAACUGCUCGUGGCCCAGCACUAUGGCUCAAGUGGCUGCUAGUGGCUGGGAGAAGCCAAGCCCGCAGGAGAAAAUUGAGGAACUGAGAAAGGUGGUUGGCAAACUGCCUUGCGCAAACCUUCUCUUGCUCCAGUGGUUGCUCUCGCUGCUUCACCAUAUCAGUGAAAAUGCAGAGACCGGCUGGAUGGAUGUCAGCAACCUGGCAAUCUGUGUGGGGCCAAACAUGGUCAGCCCCAAUAUGGACAGCACAUUCCCACUGGCUGUGCAGAAAGGGAGGAGUGACAAGGUGACACUGUUGGCAGAGUUCUUCAUCGACAACUGCACAGCAGUCUUUGGGCAGGACAUUGCCUUGCCAUUCAGGCCCUCCACCAAGGACUCACCAGAACACACAGACAGUGCCACAGAAGGGACUGCUGAUUGUCCCGGGCCAGGGCUGCUGGAUCACAUCCUGCUCUUUCUCCUCACAGAGCACCCAUGUGCUGCUCAGCAGAACAGCUCUGCCUGCCACAGUCCUGAGCCAGGAGCUGAAGGCAGCCCUGCAACCUCUGACAUGGAGCAGCCCAAAGUGAGAAACGCUCUUGUGAGCAGCUGCUAUCCAAGCUGCCUCUCUGCCUCUGCACUGACUGAUUGGACAAAGGAGAUCAGCAGUAUGGACAGGAGCUUCUCAGAGCCAGACCUGUCCUACCGGAACAACAACUUGGAAGACAAGAGAAGGGCCCUGGGAGUAACCAAAAGUGAGGAGCAUUUCCCCAUUCUGCAGAACAAACAAAACUGGGAGAAGAGGGUACUGGAAGCAAUGCCUUGCCAUCCUGCAGAUACCUUUAUCAGAUCACACUCUCUCCCGAAAGCAUCCUCUGGCUGCUCCCUGGAGAGCUCCUUUUCAUCGCAUGGUUCAGUCUUCACCAGUUCUGCACUAGUUUCACUCUCGAGCACCCCAGAAAGCUUUUGAAGUAAGACCCAGGCUUUUCCCAUCAAGUCCAGUGAGGACAGCCAGCUGACACAUCAGAAAGCACUGCAGGGCAUGCUCUUUUGCAAACUGCAGAAAAGCACACAAAAAGUCUCAGCUUCUGGAGGCCUGGGAGACAUGAGGUUUCUGAGAGAUAGCUCCUCAAGGAAAAGCCAGCAGUUCUCCUGCAAAAUUGCCCAGGAAAAGAGUCCCGAUGAUAACAAGUCAUUGCCGAUGGUAUAUCAGCAAAGGCCCCAUUUCAGAUCAGCGGAAGAAGUGCUUAGUGAGGUGGUGGAGCAGAGGAAUCCAGAAAGACUACUCUGUACUAAGCCUACUAACUUAGACUCUGCUUAG